UUUAUAUCCCGUAAAUAAAACCCUUUCCUCUCCAAAACCCCAAACCCCACUCUCGCCUCUAUAGUCUGUACUCUUUUUCUUCAGUAGACUAGUUCGUUACCCGUCCCUCCGCCGCGCCGCUCUCCUCUCGGUGCCUCUGUCUGCGUCUCCUUUGCGAAUUCAAAUCCGAGCUAGCAUUAGCAAUGGCAGGCUUUCCACCUCCCGGUGCCACAAUCCUCGGCGAUGCUGCCGCUGGGAAGAAGAUCGAUGAAGUCGGGAAGAAGAAAGUCGAUUACUUCAACCUCCCUUGCCCCAUUCCCUUCGAAGAACUUCAACGCGAAGCUAUCAUGUCUUUAAAGCCUGAGCUUUUUGAAGGGAUGCGUUUUGAUUUCACCAAAGGGCUUAACCCCAAAUUUUCGCUGAGUCACAGCGUUUUCAUGGGUCCCAUGGAACUUCCUUCUCAAGGGGCUGAAACCCUUAAAAUUCCCACUGCUCAUUAUGAAUUUGGUGCUAAUUUUAUCGACCCAAAGUUGAUGCUCAUUGGAAGGGUCUUGACCGACGGGAGACUAACAGCAAGGGUGAAAUGCGACUUAACUGAUGAUCUUAGUUUAAAAGCUAAUGCUCAGAAUCCUAAUGCUGCCUCUUUUCUCUUGUGCUGGUGCUCUCUUCUCUUGCAGGGCAAAGAUUACAGAACUCAACUUCAAUUAGGAGAUGGUUCUUUGUUUGGAGCUAGUUACAUUCAGAGUAUUACCCCACAUUUAUCCAUGGGUGGUGAAGUAUUUUGGGCCGGUCAGCAUCUAAAGUCUGGUGUUGGGUAUGCUGCUCGGUAUGAGAACGAUAAAAUGGUUGCGACAGGGCAAGUUGCUAGCACCGGUAUGGUUGCCAUGAGCUACGUCCAGAAGGUCUCAGAGAAGGUUUCAUUGGCAACAGAUUUCAUGUACAAUUACCUUUCGCGAGAUGUGACUGCCAGUGUUGGAUACGAUUACAUCCUCAGACAAGCUCGUCUGAGAGGGAAGCUAGACUCCAAUGGGUGUGCUUCUGCAUUCUUGGAGGAGCGGUUGAACAUGGGUCUCAACUUUGUCCUAUCGGCCGAGAUUGAUCAUAAGAAGAGUGACUACAAAUUUGGAUUCGGGCUGACAGUAGGGUAAGUAGCCCGGUUCUGUUGUAUGAGUUGAGGGGGAAGACGAGUUCAAGGAAGGAGAUGGAGUCACCGGCGGCCACCGGGCUUGUGUUCUGUUCCCCCCUGUCCCUUCUACGGUGGGGGAAAAUGGAUGAAAGGAGGGGAGCUGGAAUGUUAAAUUCUGUUUCUGUAUUGUUUUUUUUUUUCCCUCAAUUUUUUUUUGAAAAACGGAGAGGUUAGGAAGCUAUAAACAAGCUCCGUAGCGUUAAGUAGUGAUUAAGAGUAGGAUUUGCGUGAGUUAAAUAUUUAACUUGCGACCGACCUCCCCACAUUACUCUUUCUUUGAGCAAUAAUUGAGUAUUAGCUCAUUGUCAUUGUUGCUGAUAAAAUCAACCUGGGGAAUGUUAGUGCUGUAAUUUUUGGUUUAUCGAUACCGUAAAGAAGCUGUUCCUCUCUUUC